AAGCUCCGCCCACACUCUACAAAGCACGCCAACCCCUAAACCCGUCUCUGUGUCAUUCCUCCUCUCACCUUAUCCUCAGCUCCUCUCCCUUUUCUCCGUCCGCAGCGAAAAAAGCUUUCAAUUCCCUCGGCGAAAUGGCCUCAGCCAACGCUAUCUCCACCGCCUCCAUCAUCCGCUUCUCCCCUCUCCAGGACGUGCUGAGGAGGAGAGCGAGCCCGGGGCAAAAACCCGGUGGCCACCGGCAACUCGUGGUGAGGGCGGCGGCCAAAGACAUCGCCUUUGACCAGAGCUCCAGGACAUCCCUCCAAGCCGGCGUCGAGAAACUCGCUAAUGCCGUUGGGGUCACCCUCGGCCCGAGAGGGAGGAAUGUUGUGUUGGAUGAGUUUGGGAACCCCAAAGUGGUUAAUGAUGGGGUCACUAUUGCUCGCGCUAUUGAGCUUGCGGAUCCGAUGGAGAAUGCUGGUGCAGCGUUGAUUCGUGAGGUUGCUAGCAAGACAAAUGACUCUGCCGGUGAUGGCACUACGACGGCAUCAGUUCUUGCACGAGAAAUCAUUAAACUGGGUCUGCUAAGUGUUACCUCUGGUGCGAAUCCUGUGUCCAUCAAAAAGGGAAUCGACAAGACUGUACAGGGGCUGGUGGACGAGCUUGAGAAGAAAGCUCGCCCUCUCAAAGGACGUGGUGAUAUCAAAGCUGUUGCAACAAUCUCAGCUGGUAAUGAUGACUUUGUGGGGAGCAUGAUUGCUGAUGCUAUUGAUAAAGUCGGCCCUGAUGGUGUUCUUUCUAUUGAGUCUUCAUCAUCAUUUGAGACUACUGUUGAUGUUGAAGAAGGAAUGGAGAUUGACCGAGGUUACGUCUCCCCACAAUUUGUCACAAACCCUGAGAAGUUACUAGUUGAAUUUGAGAAUGCUAAAGUUCUAGUAACUGACCAGAAAAUUUCAACAAUUAAAGAAAUAAUUCCUUUGUUGGAGAAAACCACACAACUGAGAGCUCCUCUUCUCAUUAUUGCGGAGGAUGUAACGGGUGAGGCUUUGGCAACUCUUGUUGUGAAUAAGCUGCGCGGUAUCCUUAAUGUUGCUGCUAUCAAAGCUCCUGGUUUUGGUGAGAGGCGGAAGGCUCUUCUUCAAGAUAUUGCCAUUGUGACAGGAGCUGAGUUUCAAGCGAAAGAUCUUGGAUUAUUGGUAGAAAAUGCAUCAGUGGAGCAGCUUGGCACGGCAAGGAAAGUUACCAUUUCUCAGAACUCUACCACCAUCAUUGCAGAUGCAGCAACGAAGGAUGAGAUACAGGCGAGAAUUGCCCAGAUCAAGAAGGAGCUUGCUGAGACAGACUCUGUUUAUGAUUCUGAGAAGCUAGCAGAGAGGAUUGCAAAGCUCUCUGGUGGCGUGGCAGUUAUCAAGGUUGGUGCCGCAACAGAGACGGAGCUUGAGGAUCGCAAGCUCAGAGUUGAGGAUGCCAAGAAUGCUACUUUCGCAGCCAUAGAGGAAGGAAUUGUUCCUGGAGGUGGUGCUGCUUUUGUUCACCUCUCUACCCGUGUUCCUGCUAUGAAGGAUAAGCUUGAAGAUGCAGAUGAGUGCCUUGGUGCUGACAUUGUGCAAAAGGCAUUGUUGGCACCGGCUGCCUUGAUAGCACAUAAUGCGGGUGUGGAAGGAGAAGUGGUGGUGGAGAAAAUCAAGGAUAGCGAGUGGGAGGUUGGCUACAAUGCAAUGACGGACAAGUAUGAGAAUCUGUUGGAAGCUGGUGUAAUUGACCCUGCAAAAGUGACAAGAUGUGCACUGCAGAAUGCUGCAUCAGUUGCUGGAAUGGUCCUAACAACACAGGCCAUUGUUGUGGAGAAGCCCAAACCAAAGGCACCAGUAGCUGAACCACCUGAGGGUAGUCUUGCCAUCUAAGCACUAUGCCCGAUUUGGUCUCCCAAAAUUAGGUUAGAUGUUUCAGAAUGGGUAGAGUGCAACUGGAAAAGGGACAAUAUUGUUGCAGCAUUGAUUCCUUGCAGUGUUAUCCCCUCAUCGAGGUUUUGUCUUUUCCUUGAGUAUUGCAUUCUGUUAAAACUUUGGACGAAGUGCAGGAUUGGCUGGUUGUUGUUGCAUAAUUAGUGGUUGAUCAGAUGAAGCAAAAAAGAAAAGAACAAAAAGGAAAAAGAUAAUAACCCAAUCCUAUCUAGUUGCCCAAUCAAAUAAAAUUUGAGUUUCCAGA